AUGUCUCCGUGUCUCCCUCGGUGUCCCUCGUCUUCCUCCAGUGAGACUCCGCGCUCCGCUGUCGGAAUUGGCGGGAUUGUGUCACUUCCACCAAGAAGCAGCGCUCAUUGGUCCAGACAGCAAAAGCGAAGGAAACAGACUGUAUUCAUAGCACACCCUGUGGCAUUGGACGACGAGAUUUGCGCAUCCUGCAGGAUUCCCGGACCCCUGCAGAAGAAGCGUUUGCCUUUGGAUUUCGCCGGAAACUCACAGAAAAGGACUUCAUUACAAAGAAAGAUGGGAGAGCGCGUGAAUAACUUUCCUCCCAUUCCCAAGAUUCUGAAAAUCAAACCAUGCUUUUAUCACAAUAUUGAAGAAGAGAUCCCUGCACCUCAUCAGCAGCUUGUACGCAGAGUCUACACACUAUGGAUGAUGUAUUCAGCCACUCUCUGCCUCAAUGUAAUUUCAUGUAUUGCGUGGUGGGCUGGCGGUGGAAGUGCCAUCAACUUUGGUUUCUCCUUACUUUGGCUCCUUCUGUUCAGCCCUUGCAGUUAUACUUGUUGGUUCAGACCGCUGUACAAAGCCUUCAGGGCAGAUAGCUCUUUCAACUUCAUGGCCUUCUUUUUCAUCUUCUUCCUUCAGUGUGUGUUGGCUCUUAUUCAGACUAUAGGCAUUUCUGGCUGGGGAACAUGCGGCUGGAUUGCAACAGUGAUGUUUUUUAGUACCAAUGUGGGUGCUGCUAUUGUGAUGUUCAUCACCACACUGCUCUUCACACUGGUAACUGCUCUAAUGGCACUGGUGCUCAUCAAGGUGCACAGGAUGUACCGCGGUGGAGGAGGGAGCAUGCAGCGUGCCCAGGAAGAGUGGGCUACUGGGUUGUGGAAGAGUGCCCCAGUGAGAGAAGCUGGCUUUAAUGCUGUUGCCCAAACUGCACAGGGCCCCAGUCUGCCCCAGUACCCAGCUGCUGUACCCAGCUACCCAGACAACAGCCAGUGGUGA